AUGGAUUUACAAACAUAUACAAUACGUCGUAAUAAUACACAUUCCACAUCCGCAUCACAAACAUCCUCAACAAUGCUACCACCAGCCACAAAAAAAUCAUCCAAAUACAUUCAAGUAUGUGAUAAUACAACAAUGACCGAUGAGAAUAAUAAAACAUAUACAAAUUUAUAUCAAAAUAUUGGUACAAUUCAACAAACGCAACAAUUAUUAGAUGAUCAAACACCGACAUCAACAUCAUCAUCAAUAUCAACGUUACGUCAUCAACAACAAAAUGGUAGCAGAGCAUCAGCAAAUAAUUGUAAUAGUCAUCCCCACCAUUCAUAUUUACAAAGGACUUUAAGUGAUCCACACUGCCCUUCAACUACCGCCGAUUAUAUCAAUUCCAGUGAAGAAUUAUUAGAUGGAGGUGCCGCAAUCGUUUAUGAUGAUAAUACAUCGACUUCCAUCAAUAAAAAUCAAUAUUAUUAUCGACCAAAAUCUCGUAAUUCGCAAAAAUAUAGUAGUGAACAAAAUAUUGUGCAUACAACGCAUGCACAAAUUAAGGAAAUCUUACGUUUAGAUAAUCAUCAUCAUGAUCCAAUCGAACAAUUUAGUUUAGAUCGUAAAUUAAUUCGUAAACCAUCGCAAUUUUAUAAUACGCGUAAUAAUACACUCGAUACCUCGUCGUCAGCACGAACUUUUAUACCGAAAUUCGAACGGAAAGGUGCAUCACUUUCGUUACAACGACAGAAAUCAAGUCCAACACGUAAUCCAGGACCACGAAAUUAUAUUCCAUGUACGAAAUCAGCAUCGGAAAAAUCAUACCAAUUUGGACGGUCACAAAGUUAUAUUUUACAAAAAUCUAUGGAUAAUCCGGCUACGGAUAAUGGUGGAUUCUUUUUCGAUCGUAAUAAACAAUAUAAUAGUUUACGACGAAAUAAAGAUUUUAUCGAAGAAUUAGAUGCGGGUGCUGGUUUUUUACCAUCGAGUACAACGGAAUUCAUUACACAUGGUGUGGGCAGUGGAAGUGGAAGUAAAUCUAUGGCACGUUCAUCAACCGGUAGUAGUCGUUGUGGGGGAGUGCGUGGUAAUGUGACAAGUGAAUCUGAAUUAGAUGAUGAUCCGGAAAUGAUUUUUGAUUUAACAACAGCCGGUGGGGGACAUUUAAUUGAUUGCCAGUGUGCUCAUAUUGGAUAUAGUGCCAGUUAUCAUCAAUUGCAUCAGAAAGAACAUUGUUUUCCACCAGCUCCGGACGUAACAAGACGACUUCAAUCAGGCACCAUUCCGGGAGCUACAACAGCCAAUAUGAGUGGUAAUACUUGUAAGACACCAACGGCAAUCAAACAGGAAGUAACAUUUUAUCGUUCAUCACUAACACCAGCAACAUGCAGUAAUAGUUCAAGUUCAGCCGGAAGCUCGUCAAGGAUUGAUUUAUCACAACGCCAUUGGUGGGUAAUUGUCACAGUAUUAUUAUUGGCGGCAGCUGCAGGUGUUGGUGUACCAAUAGCGAUGCGUAUAAGUGCUGGUGCCUCGUUAGAAGAACGUAUGGAGUUCGCAUCACGUUUAUUACAAGAAGUGCCUCUAAUUGAUGGUCACAAUGACUUACCGUGGAACAUACGAAAAUUUUUACAUAAUCGUCUUAAAGAUUUUAAAUUUGGUGAUGAUUUACGUAAUAUAUCACCAUGGUCACAAAGUGCUUGGUCUCAUACGGAUUUACCACGUUUAAAACAAGGACAUGUUGCUGCUCAAUUUUGGGCAGCUUAUGUACCUUGUGAAUCACAGCAUCGAGACGCUGUACAAUUAACAUUAGAACAAAUUGAUGUGAUACGUCGUUUUACCGAACAAUAUCAUCCACAACUAACACUAUGUACAUCAGCCGAAGAAAUUCGUGUCGCACAUCAACGCCAUCAAUUGUGUUCAUUAAUCGGUGUUGAAGGUGGUCACUCGUUAGCAAAUAGUUUAGCUGUAUUACGUACAUUAUACCAAGUGGGUGUACGAUAUUUAACGUUAACGUCAACGUGUAACACGCCUUGGGCGGAUUGUUCAUUGGUUGAUAUUCCAGGACGAAAAUCCGAACACAAUGGUCUUACAAACUUUGGCAAGACCAUUGUUAAGGAAAUGAAUCGACUUGGUAUGAUUGUCGAUUUAUCACAUGUCAGUGUACGAACAAUGCGUGAUGCAUUAGCUGUUUCAAAAGCACCAGUAAUAUUCUCACAUUCAUCAGCGCAUGCAUUAUGUAAUUCAACACGUAAUGUACCGGAUGCUACGCUACGAAAAUUAGCAUUAAAUCGUGGCAUUGUAAUGGUGAAUUUUUAUUCACAAUUUUUAACAUGUAAGGAUGUGGCAACUGUUGCUGAUGCUGUUGCUCAUAUUAACCACAUCAGAGAUGUAGCUGGUGUCGACAAUGUGGGCCUCGGGGCAGGUUAUGAUGGUAUUAAUUAUACGCCAAAAGGCUUAGAAGAUGUCUCAUCAUAUCCAGCAUUAUUUGCUGAAUUAAUUGGUUCUGGUGGUUGGAGUACAGAUGAUUUAAAAAAAUUAGCUGGUUUAAAUUUUUUACGUGUUAUGACUGAGGUAGAACGUGUUCGUGAUGAAUUUCGACAAGCAAAAGUACCACCUUACGAGGAUUUAAGUCCUCGCGUUAAAAACACUAAUUGUAGUUCACAUGAAUUAUUUUAA